AUGACUACUCCAGGCCGAACUAAAGAACUCAUUAGGAUUUUCCAACAAAUCAGUGAAGGUGGUCAAAUGAUCACCUCACGAACUAUUAAAAAGUUCCUCAACAGCGACGUAAACACCGAAAUGCUCCCUACAACCAUCACCCAAUCUGAUUUUAUCGAAGCUUUUGAUGCUGAGCUUUCUCGUCUAAAGGACCAAGAAGACUACUUAGUCUACCAAAUAAGCCAAUGCAAAUCCAAAACCCGCAAGCACCUUCAGAGCCAAGGGGAUCGGCAAGACGAUUACAGCUUUGACGGCAUCAUGGACGGCAGCAAAUUCGAGUUUAUCGUCGAAGAAGCCCGUGACCUCCCUGCAAUGAACACGAAUAAUACAGCUGACUCUUUUUUCACUGUAAAAUGUGACGAAGAAUUAGUAUAUCAGUCACAAUUGGCCCCAGAUACUGCUGAGCCUAUUUGGAAUGAUAAAGUUUCCAUAGAAAUUAUAGCCCCAGACCAUGUAAUUGAAUUUGAGCUGUGGGACGACGACUCAAACCCAGAGCUUAUAGGGUCCUUUUUUCUCGAGCUAGGGAAUUAUGAAGACCAACAAGUCCAUUGUAGAUGGUAUGAUCUUGAAGGACCUGAAGGAAUUUCUAGCGGAGAAGUAAAAAUCACUGGGCAGUGGAUUUAUUCUAUGGCGAAAUUCCAUAACAGUUGUUUGGAUAAAUAUGAUAGAAAUAUUACUCAAUGUGAAAAAAUGCUGAGUCAGGUGUCUGAGCAUCAAGAAAAGCUUUAUACGCUUGAUGGGAAACAGUUGCUGAUGGCUUGGUUUAAUCCGCCAUCGCUAGCUAUGGUUUCGGCGAAAUCGAGGCGUGGGAAACAUUUUUUGAGUAUCCCGUCUUCAAGACAUGGGUCGCUUUUGGGGAGUCCGAGAAGUAAAUCAAGAAAAAACACACGGUAUUCGAGCUUCAAAGAUUUAUUUAAUUCGCCUAGGCUCCCUGACACUGACCGCUAUGUCAGUUCUUUAGAUGAAGAAAAGUCAUUUGAAAGGCAGCCUAUCAAGUAUGAUUUCUUGGCUAUAGGCAUGUAUUUGAAUUCUAGAAUAAAACAAGCUUACUCCCCUAUCUCUGUGAGAAGGCAAAAAAUUUGUGCUUGGAGGGGUUAAAUUUUUAGUUAAAAUAUAUAAAAUUUAUGUUUUAAUUAUAAAAUUUAAUAAAAUUAGCUUAAGACUUUAUUAUUAUAUUUAUUUAUCAAAAUAUUUAAUAAAAAUGUUUAUUUCAAGCUUAGGGGAGAUAG